AGAGUUCUUUAGGGAGGAGGAAAGCAAACGUGAAAAGGAAAGAGCUGGGGAGAGGGGAGAAGCCCUCCCCACCCCCCAUCCCACCCCCAUGCACACUCACCCAGGCCUGGAAGAGGGGGCAGCCACUAGCCUGCAGAGGGUCCCUGUGUGUCAAAGGUGAUAGCAACAGAUGCUGGACCCAGGGAGAUCUCUACCCCCAGCCAGCCUGCAAGGCCUCCAGGGACUGACUUGCCAACAGCUGGACUUGAUCACCAGCUAGCAAAGUGAGAUCACGCAUCUGAGGGAAUAACCAGCAGACUUUGCUGUCCGGCUGUUUUUGGAGGAUUCUUCUCAGCAGUGGCUAGAGAGCAGGAGACCACCACCUGGACUUUUAAGCCUUCUUCGAGAAGCAACCGCAGAAGAGAGUCCCACCCUGGGUGGGUUGCAGGACCAUGCUGGCUCUUAGGCGAGCUUCUGCUUUCAGGGUUCUGGUCCUCAUGGCCCUUCUGCCCCCGCCGCAGUGCGCCCAGGACCCGGCCAUGGUGCACUACAUCAAUCAGCGCUUUCAAGUCUUGGAGCAAGGACUGGAAAAAUGUACCCAAGCAACAAGAGCAUACAUUCAAGAUUUCCAAGAGUUCUCGAAAAACAUAUCCGUUAUGCUGGGACAGUGUCAGACGUACAAAAGUGAGUACAAAAGUGCAGUAUAUAACCUGGCACUGAGAGUCGAACGUGCCCAGCGGGAGAUCGACUACCUGGAGUACCUGAGGGAAGCUGACGCGUGUGUAGAGUCAGAGGACAAGAUGCUGGCAGAAAAGCUAGUCCAAGAAGCUGAGGAAGAGGAAAGGAUCCGGACACUGCUGAAUGCAAGCUGUGACAACAUGCUGAUGGGCAUAAAGUCUCUGAAAAUAGUGAAGAAGACAAUGGAUACAGAUGGCUCUUGGAUGAAAGAUGCUGUCAGCGACUCUCCAAAGGUUUAUGUCUUAAUUGGAUCCAGAAACAACACUGUCUGGGAAUUUGUCAACAUACGGGCAUUCACAGAAGAUAGCACCAAGCCAGCCCCCCGGAAGCUGAUCCUAACACAUUCCUGGCAGGGAACAGGCCAAGUGAUCUACAAAGGUUUCCUGUUUUUUCACAGCCAAGGGACUCGUAAUGAGAUCAUCAAAUAUAACCUGCAGAAGAGGACUGUGGAAGAUCGGAUGCUGCUCUUGGGAGGGGCAGGCAGAUCCCUGGCCUACCAGCACUCCCCCUCGACUUACAUUGACCUGGCUGUGGAUGAGCACGGGCUCUGGGCCAUCCACUCAGGGCCGGGCAUCCAUGGCCAUUUGGUUCUCACGAAGAUUGAGCCCGACUCACUGGGAGUGGAACACUCGUGGGACACUCCAUGCAGCAGUCAGGAUGCUGAAGCCUCAUUCCUCUUGUGUGGGGUCCUCUACGUCGUCUACAGUUCUGGUGGCCACGGUCCCCAUCGCAUCACCUGUGUCUAUGAUCCGCUGGGCACUAUCAUUGAGGAGAAUCUGCCCAAGCUGCUUUUCCCCAGGCGAUCAAGAAGUCACUCCAUGAUCCAUUACAACCCCAGAGAUAAGCAGCUUUAUGCCUGGAAUGAUGGAAACCAGAUCAUUUACAAACUCCAGACAAAGAGAAAGCAGCCUCUGCAGUGAUGCACUACAGCCGGGAUGGAGAGAGCCUGGGAUGCUGCUUUCCAGGAGAUGGAAGCCACAGCCCCUUUGCAAUACAGUAUCCCUCUAAUCGCACACAGUGAUAGGGGCUGGGAGUGGAAAUGCACAUGUAACUUUUUCCAGAUGGUACUGCCUUUGGUAUCUUCCAAGAGCAUAGAUGAGAGUCUGUCAUUCAGGAAUUUUCAACAACUUCCAUUAUCCAUCCAUACCUCCUGGAGCUCAAGGCCUUCCACAUUCUGAUCCAGCUUACUUCCAGCCUUUUCUUUUACUAGCAUUUACUCUAUAACUCUUCCUACUCCCACCCUCCCAGUCAUUAGAAAUGUAGGCCACCCCCUAAUACUCCUGGCUUUUCUCCACUCUGGCCUUUGCUCAAAGCUUUCCUCUUUCACAAAUGCCUACUGAUAUUCUUCCAUUAUUCACUGCCCAACUAAAAUACUAUUUCUUAUUGGUGUUUAAUCUCAAUUUCCCCUGGUUCUGCCCCUCCACCAAGCAAGGUGGAUGCAAUAAUAAAGUGAAAACAUUACCAUUUGAA